AUUCAAGAGAGGGAGAUAAUGGGAAUUGUAAUUUGUUUAUUCCAAAUAAAACUAGCCUUUUUUAUAGGCUUUACAUAAUAACUGAAUAAGUAAAAACCAUUUAAACUAGCCUAAUUAAAGAUCCUGACAGAAAUCACAGUUGGAUACUAUGGGUUGAAAAAUUUGAAGAUCUCUGAGUUUGAGCUUGUUGAUCAGGCAAUUAUUGAAAUUUGAAACAGGAAUCCUAGAAAAAUCCUACCUUUUAGAAAUCUUAAAUCUUUAGAAGUUUCUGGUUAUAGCAGCUGGAGAUACCUUUUAACCCCUUCUAUGGCAUUGUGCCUCGCGAAACUCCAAGAUUUAAAAGUCUCAAAUUGUGCCACAAUGGAGCAUGUGAUCACGGGAGAUGGAGCUGAUGAGGUGUUACCGCAGCUAAAUUCCAUCAAUUUGGAGUCUUGUUCUAAACUGACAUGUUUCUAUGAGGGAAGCAGUAUGCUUAACCUUCCAUCUUUGAAAAAAAUCAAAGUGGCUAACUGUACAGCAAUGGUUACCUUUGUCUCUGGGUCUUCAAAAGAGCAAGACAAUGGAAGUACUUCUGAUUGUGGAGGAAGUGAAGAAAGGCAUGAUAUCCUUGUUCAACCAUUUUUCAGCAAUAAGCUUGAGGGUUUCAACCUGGAGUAUUUAAAGCUGUCUGGAAAUAUUAACAUUCAGCAAAUUUGGCACAAUCGGGUUCCAGAAAUGUCUUCUCUUGUUCGAAAUCUAAAAGACUGUAGUGUGGAGGGCUGUGGUAGUUUAAAAAAUCUAUUGGCAUCCUCUAUGGUUAAAAGUUUAGUGAAUCUUCAAGGCCUCGUUGUUAAGAAUUGUAAGAUGAUGGAAGGGGUAAUAGUCACAGAAGAAGGAUUUGCGGAAGAAGUCACGACCCAGAAGAUAUUUUUCCCAAAUUUGCAAACCUUGGAACUUGAUGACCUUCCCAAACUCAAAAGAUUCUGUUCUGGAAAUUACAUUGCAUUCCCCCGCAUAAAGACAAUUAUAAUAAAUCAAUGUCCUCUGUUGAAGGCGUUCACCUCUAGCCCUGUUAUUGGAGACACAGUAGUCAGUACAGAGAAAGCUGAAAACACCUCCACACCACUUCUAUUUGAUGCAAAGGUGGCACUUCCUAUGCUAGAGAAUCUAGCAAUCAGUCAUAUAGGGAGCUUGGACAAGAUAUGGCACAACCAACUUGAUGCAGACUCAUUCUGCAAACUAAAACACCUUGUUGUACCUGACUGUGAAACACUAGAGAGCAUUUUCCCAUUUAGUAUGCUGGAAAGACUUCAGAGACUAGAAAAACUGUGGAUUAGGAGAUGUGAUUCACUAGAAGUGAUAUUUGAACCUCAAGGACAUAUUGCUAGCUAUUCACGAGCUCUGGUAGCCAGUCAGCCAACUUUGGUAGAAACUGAAACCAAUUUGGUACUUCCAAAAUUGACAGAACUGAGCCUUGAAAGCCUACCCAAGCUCAAGGGUUUCUGCCAUCCAAUACACUUUAAAUGCCCAUCUCUGAAGAAAUUGGAGGUGGUUGGAUUCCAGCAGCUAGAGAUAUUUGCUUUAGAAUUUCCCAGCUUCCGAAGUACAACUAGUGAUCACCAACUUGAGACUCGACAACAUCCUCUUUUCUGGAUCAACAAGGCUACAUUCUCCAAUCUAGAAGAAUUGAAACUUGAAAGGAUUGGCAGUCUGAAGGAGAUAUGGCGUGGGCAAUAUGCAGGGGACUACUUUCCCAAACUAAAAAAAUUGGAGCUUAUCCACUUUUCUGAGCAAUCAGUUGUUCCUCCUUUCUUCUUCCAGUCACUCCCUUGCAGUCUUGAGAAACUUGUUGUGACCUAUGCUUCCUUUCAUGAAAUAUUUCGAUGUGAAGGAUCUGGUGGUGAGGGAAGACCUGCAGGUGCACUCACUCGGUUAAGGGAAUUAAGGUUAUCUAAUCUUAAUGAGCUAAUGCAUCUCUGGAAGGUUAAACCUGACUUGGAAACCAUUGUCUACAACUUGAGAGCUCUGGAAGUGCUUGAAUGUAGCAAAUUAAUGAAUUUAGCGCCAUCCAUUAUAUCUUUGGGGAAUCUGCAGGAUCUAGAAGUAUCAAGAUGUCAUGGACUUGUAAGUUUAAUGAGGUAUUCAACAGCUAAAAGCUUGGUGCAGCUCACAAGAAUAAGUAUAAGUGAUUGCGAUAUGGUAGGAGAAAUUGUGACAUGCGUGGAUGAUGAGGGGAAGGAUGGUAUUGUCUUCAGCCAGCUCAAGUAUUUGCGACUGAACUGUCUACCAAGAUUAGCAGCCUUUUGCUCAGUGGACUGCAACUUUGAGUUUCCAUUUUUGAAAGACAUAAUUGUGAUGGGUUGUCCAAAAAUGCAGCUUUUCUCCAAGGGAAACUUAAGCACACCAAAACUGCUGAAAGUAAAAUUGACAGAAGAAGAUGAUGAAGGACGCUGGGAAGGGGACCUUAACAUCACUCUGCAACGGUUGUUCAUGGAAAAGAUUGGAUACUAUUGGUUGGAAAAUUUGAAGAUCUCUGAGUUUGAGCUUCUUGAUCAGGCAAUUAUUGAAAUUUGGAACAGGAAUCCUGGAGAAAUUCUGCCUUUUAGAAAUCUUAAGUCUUUAGAAGUUUCUAAUUAUAGAAGCUGGAGAUACCUUUUAACACCUUCUAUGGCAUUGGGCCUCGUGAACCUCCAAGAUUUAAAAGUCUCAAAUUGUGCCACAAUGGAGCAUGUGAUCACAGGAGAUGGAGCUGAUGAGGCGUUUCCUCAGCUAAAUUCCAUCAAUUUGGAGUCUUGUUCUACCCUGACAUGUUUCUAUGAGGGAAGCAGUACGCUUAAACUUCCAUCUUUGAAAGAAAUCACGGUGGCUAACUGUACAGAAAUGGUUACCUUUGUCUCUGGGUCUUCAAAAGAGCAAGAUCAUGUAAGUACUUCUGAUGGUGCAGGAAGUGAAGAAAGGCAUGAUAUCUCUAUUCAACCAUUUUUCAGCAAUAAGCUUGAGGCUUUCAACCUGGAGUCUUUAAGGCUGUCUGGAAAUAUUAACAUUCAGCAAAUUUGGCACAAUCGGGUUCCAGAAAUGUCUUCUCUUGUUCGAAAUCUAAUAGAGUGCAUUGUGGACGGCUGUGAAGGAUUUGCAAAAGAAGAAAGGAUGCAGAAGAUAUUUUUUCCUGAUUUGCAACUCCUGAUGCUUCAAGACCUUCCCAAACUCACAAGAUUCUGUUCUGGAAAUUACAUCAAAUUCCCUUGCCUUACAGGACUUGUAAUAAGUCAAUGUUCUCUGUUGAAGGCGUUCACCUCCAGCCCUGUUAUUGGAGACAUAGUAGUCAGUACGGAGAAAUCUGAAAAGACCUCCAAACCACCUCUAUUUGAUGCAAAGGUGGCAGUCCCUGUGCUAAAGACGCUAGAAAUCAAUCAUAUACAGAGCUUGCACAAGAUAUGGCACAACCAAUUUGAUGCAGAAUCAUUUUGCAAACUAGAAUUACUUAAUGUAACUGACUGUGAAACACUACAGAGCAUUUUCCCAUUUAGUAUGCCGGCAAGACUUCAGAGACUAGAAAAACUGUUCAUUAGGAGAUGUGAUUCACUAGAAGAAAUAUUUGAACAUCAAGGACAUAUUGCUAGCUAUUCACAAGCUCUGAUAGCCAGUCAGCCAAAUUUGGUAGAAACUGAAACCAAGUUGGUACUUCCAAAAUUGAUAGAACUGGGGCUUCAAAUGCUACCCAAGCUCAAGGGUUUCUGCCAUUCAAAACAUAUUACUGAAUGUCCGUCUCUGAUGAAAUUGGAGGCGGUUGGAUUCCAGCAGCUAGAGAUAUUUGCUUUAGAAUUUCCAAGCUUCCAAAGUACAACUUGUGAUCACCAACUUGAGACUCGACAUCAUCCUCUUUUCUGGAUCAACAAGGCUACAUUCUCCAAUCUAGAAGAAUUGAAACUUGAAAAGAUUGGCAGUCUGAAGGAGAUAUGGCGUGGACAAUAUGCAGGGGACUAUUUUCCCAAACUAAAAAAAUUGAAACUUGUCCACGUUUCUGAGCAAUCAGUUGUUCCUCCUUUCUUCUUCCAGUCACUCCCUUGCAGUCUUGAGAAACUUGUUGUGAGCUAUGCUUCCUUUCAUGAAAUAUUUCAAUGUGAAGGAUCUGGUGGUGAGGGAAGACCUGCAGGAGCACUCACUCAGUUAAGGGAAUUAAGGUUAUCUAAUCUUAAUGAGCUAAUGCAUCUCUGGAAGGUUAAACCUGACUUUGAAACCAUUGUCUACAACUUGAGAGUUCUUGAAGUACUUGAAUGUAGCAAAUUAAUGAAUUUCGUGCCAUCAAUUAUAUCUUUGAAGAAUCUGCAGACUCUAAAUGUAUCAAGAUGUCAUGGACUCUUAAAUUUAGCAAGGUAUUUAGCAGCUAAAAGCUUGGUGAAACUCACAAGAAUGAGUAUAAGUGAUUGUGAUAUGAUAGAAGAAAUUGUGGCAUGCAUGGAUGAUGAAGGGAAGGAUGGCAUUGUCUUCAGCCAACUCAAGUAUCUGCAACUGAGCCAUCUACCAAGACUAGCAGCCUUUUGCUCAGUGGACUGCAACUUCAAGUUUCCAUCUUUGGAAGACAUAAUUGUGAUGGGAUGUCCAAAUAUGCAGCUUUUCUCUAAGGGAGAAUUAAGCACACCAAAACUGCAGAAAGUAAAAUUUAUAGAAGAAAAUGAUGAAGGCCGCUGGGAAGGUAACCUUAACACCACUCUACAACAGAUGUUUAUGGAAAAGGUCGGAUACUAUGGGUUGGAAAAUUUGAAAAUCUCAGAGUCCGAGCUUCUUGAUCAGGCUAUUCUUGAAAUUUGGAACAACAGGAAUCCUCGAGAAAUCCUGCCUUUCAGAAAGCUUAAAUCUUUGGAAGUUUCUAAUUAUAGUAACUGGAGAUACCUUUCAACCACUUCCAUGGCAUUGGGCCUUGUCAGCCUCCAAGAUUUAAAAGUCUCAAAUUGUGCCACACUGGAGCAUGUAAUCAUAGGAGAUGGAGCUGAUGGGGUGUUCCCUAAGCUAAAUUCCAUCAAUUUGGAGUCUUGUUCUAACCUGAAAAGUUUCUAUGAGGGAAGCAGCAUGCUCAAGCUUCCAUCUUUGAAACAAAUUACAGUGGCUAACUGUGCAGCAAUGGUUACGUUUGCCUAUGGGUCUUCAAGAAAGCAAGACAUUGUAAGUACUGCUGAUGGUGGAGGGAGUGGAGAAAGGCAUGAUAUUGCUAUUCAACCAUUUUUCAGCAAUAAGCUUGAGGUUCUCAACCUGGAGAUUUUAAGGUUGUUUGGAAAUAUUAACAUUCAGCAAAUUUGGCACAAUCGGGUUCCAGAAAUGUCUUCUUUUGUUCGAAAUUUAAUAGAGGUGAGGGGCUGUAAUAAUUUAAAAUAUAUACUGACAUCCACUAUGGUUCAAAGCUUAGAGCAUCUUAAAUGCCUCGUUGUAAGUAAUUGUAAGAUGAUGGAAGGGGUAAUAGUCACAGAAGAAGGAUUUGCAGAAGAAGAAACGAUGCAGAAGAUAUUUUUUCCUAAUUUGCAAGCCUUGGUGCUUGAUGACCUUCCCAAACUCAAAAGGUUCUGUUCUGGAAAUUACAUUACAUUCCCCUGCCUAAAAGGAAUUGUAAUAAAUCAAUGUCCUCUGUUGAUGGCGUUCACCUGUAGCCCUGUUAUUGGAGACAUAGCAGUCAGCAUUGAGAAAGCAGAAAACACCUCUACACCACCUCUCUUUGAUGCAAAGGUGGCAGUCCCUGUGCUAGAGACGCUAGGAAUCAGUAGUAUGGAGGGCUUGCACAAGAUAUGGCACAACCAACUUGAUGCAGAAUCAUUUUGCAAAUUAAAAUGCCUUCAUGUAAUUGGCUGUGAAACACUGGAGGGCAUUUUCCCAUUUGGUAUGCUGGAAAGACUUCAGAGACUCGAACAACUGUCGAUUAUACAAUGUGAUUCACUAGAAGUGAUAUUUGAACCUCAAGGACCUGUUGCUAGUUAUUCUCAAUCUCUGGUAGCCAGUCAGCCAACUUUGGUAGAAACUGAAACCAAGUUGGUACUUCCAAAAUUGACAGAACUGAGGCUUCAAAUCCUACCCACGCUCAAGGGUUUCUGCCAUUCAAAACAUAUUACUGAAUGCCCAUCUCUGAUGAAAUUGACGGUGGUUGGAUUCCAGCAGAUAGAGAUAUUUGCUUUAGAAUUUCCAAGCUUCCAAAGUACAACUGGUGAUGAGCACCUUGAGACUCUAGUUCAACAUUCUCUUUUUUGGAUCAACGAGGCUACAUUCUCCAACCUAGAAGAAUUGAAACUUGAAAAGAUUGGCAAUCUGAAGGAGAUAUGGCGUGGAAAAUAUGCAGGGGACUAUUUUCCCAAACUAAAAAAAUUGGAACUUAUCCACUUUUCUGAGCAAUCAGUUAUUCCUCCUUUCUUCUUCCAGUCACUCCCUUGCAGUCUUGAGAAACUUGUUGUGAGCUAUGCUUCCUUUCAUGAAAUAUUUCAAUGUGAAGGAGCACUCACUCAGUUAAGGGAACUAAGGUUAUCUAAUCUUAAUGAGCUAAUGCAUCUCUGGAAGGUUAAACCUGACUUUGAAACCAUUGUCUACAAUUUGAGAGCUCUGGAAGUGCUUGAAUGUAGCAAAUUAAUGAAUUUAGUGCCAUCCAUGAUAUCUUUGAGGAAUCUGCAGGAUCUAGAAGUAUCAAGAUGUCAUGGACUCGUAAGUUUAAUGAGGUAUUCAACAGCUAAAAGCUUGGUGCAGCUCACAAGAAUGAGUAUAAGUGAUUGUGGUAUGAUAGGAGAAAUUGUGGCAUGCAUUGAUGAUGAGGUGAAGGAUUGCAUUGUCUUUAGCAAACUCAAGUAUUUGCGACUUAAGGGUCUACCAAAGCUAGCAAACUUUUGUUCAGUGGAGUGCAGCUUUGAGUUUCCAAUUUUAAAUGACUUAAUUGUGAUGGAUUGUCCAGACAUGCAGUUUUUCUCUAAGGGGGAAUUAAUCACACCAGAACUACAAAAAGUAAAAUUGACAGAAGAAGAUGAUGAAGGGCCCUGGGAAGGGGACCUAACGCCACUCUACAACAUUUGAAAGAGAGGAUUGAUGGCUCUAAUGAAGACUGAACUUAUGCAAACUGGAUUACAUCUAUGUCUCUAAAGAUGUAUAUACAAGAAACUUUCUCUCACGUCCUAAACUAAAGUCAAAUGGUUGAAUGGUGCAUUCACAAGCUGGAUUUUAAAGCUGUCAAGUUGCCACACACUUUGGCUCAAAAAAUCACUUCCCUUCCAAAAACUGAUCCCUUUUUUUCCCUAAAAUCCACGUUUGAACUUGUAUUAUCUCUGUUCAAUUUCUGCAAGGCUUGCUGGUGUGUGUUUUAUGGUGUGAAGUAAAAAAGAUGAACUUCACGUGUUUCUGCUUUCAUAAGACAGAUUGUCGUUUGCUUAUGAAUUAUCAACUGAGUUAUGCAUUUGUUUGUGUUAAUAAUUUUGAAUGUAUCUAUCAAAUGAAUGAGCUUUAUAGCUAGUAAUCUUUUGCUGAGUGUUACAAAUUUGCAGAUGAUACUUCAUACUUGGAUCUU